GAGGCGGCGCCGCGACCGCCCCCCGCUUCCGGCCUGGCCGCGCCGCCGCAGCCCGCGCCGCCGGGCCGCAGCCCCGCGCGCUGCCAUGGCGCUGAGGCGGGGCCGGGGCCGGGGCCGGGGCCGGGGCCUGGCCGCGGCGGGCUCCCUGCUGGCGCUGCUAUGCGCCCUGCUCCGCGCCGCCGCCGCCGACACCGACAGCGACACCAGCACCGGCCGGGGUUGGUUGAAAACUUACGGCUAUUUGCUUCCAUCUGACAGCCAAAUGCCUGCCUUGCAGUCAGGCAAAGCUAUGCAGUCUGCAGUUGCCGCUAUGCAGCAGUUUUACGGGAUCCCAGUAACAGGAAUUUUGGAUCCAACAACUAUUGAGUGGAUGAAGAAGCCUCGAUGUGGAGUUCCAGAUCAUCCCCACUUAGGCCAUAGCCGGAGGAAUAAGCGAUAUGCUCUAACUGGACAAAAAUGGAGGCAGAAGCAUAUAACCUACAGUGUACACAACUAUACCCCCAAGGUUGGAGAGAUUGAUACAAGGAGAGCUAUUCGUCAGGCAUUUGAUGUUUGGCAGAGAGUGACACCACUUACCUUUGAAGAGGUCCCUUACCAUGAAAUUAAAAAUGACAGGAAGGAGGCAGAUAUUAUGAUAUUUUUUGCUUCUGGUUUCCAUGGAGACAGUUCUCCGUUUGAUGGAGAAGGUGGAUUCCUAGCUCACGCUUACUUUCCCGGACCAGGAAUAGGAGGAGAUACUCACUUCGAUUCAGAUGAGCCAUGGACCCUGGGAAAUUCUAAUCAUGAUGGGAACGAUCUCUUUCUGGUUGCAGUCCAUGAGCUGGGGCACGCAUUGGGUCUGGAACACUCCAAUGAUCCCAGUGCUAUCAUGGCUCCUUUCUACCAGUACAUGGAAACACACAACUUCAAACUGCCCCAGGAUGACCUCCAAGGAAUUCAGAAAAUCUAUGGUCCACCUGUUGAGCCACUGGAGCCAACUAGGCCUUUACCAACUCUUCCUGUUCGCAGAAUUCAUUCUACUUCAGAAAGAAAACACGAGAGGCAGCCAAGACCUCCUAGUCCUCCUCUGGGUGAUAGGCCAUCUCCUCCAGGCACAAAACCGAACAUCUGUGAUGGCAACUUCAACACUGUGGCUCUCUUUAGAGGAGAAAUGUUUGUUUUCAAGGAUCGCUGGUUCUGGCGUCUGCGCAACAACCGAGUGCAGGAGGGCUAUCCCAUGCAAAUUGAGCAGUUCUGGAAAGGCCUCCCCGCAAAGAUUGAUGCAGCCUAUGAGAGGUCUGAUGGAAAAUUUGUUUUCUUCAAAGGUGAUAAAUACUGGGUUUUUAAAGAAGUGACAGCAGAACCAGGAUACCCACACAGUCUUGUGGAGCUGGGUAGCUGUCUUCCCCGGGAAGGCAUUGACACAGCUUUGCGUUGGGAGCCUGUAGGUAAAACCUACUUCUUCAAAGGAGACAGGUACUGGAGAUACAAUGAAGACAAGCGAGCAACGGACCCAGGAUACCCAAAGCCCAUCACUGUGUGGAGAGGAAUCCCUCAGGCUCCACAGGGAGCUUUUAUCAGCAAAGAAGGCUUUUAUACGUACUUUUACAAAGGGAAGGAGUACUGGAAGUUUGAUAACCAGAGGCUGAGUGUGGAGCCAGGCUACCCCAGGUCAAUCCUCAAAGACUGGAUGGGCUGUAACCAGAAGGACGUUGAACGAAGCAAAGACAGACACCUCCCCCACGAUGAUGUGGAUAUUAUGGUGACAAUAAAUGAUGUGCCUAGCACUGUAAAUGCAAUUGCAGUUGUAAUCCCUUGCAUUUUGUCUCUGUGUAUCCUUGUCCUGGUGUACACGAUCUUCCAGUUUAAAAACAAAGAGGUGCAGCAAAACGUUGUAUAUUACAAAAGACCUGUCCAGGAAUGGGUAUGACACAGCCAGCUGCACAUUUCAACUCAUUGCUCCAAUGAGGACUACAGACAAAAAAUAAAAAAAUAUUCCGUUCAGAAGCCUACCAAACAGAACUACUUCAAUGACCUACAAAUUUUGGACAUCCUGGCACAGAAAGAAGCAGAAAAACUGGAAAAAAAUACAGGAAGCCUUGCAGUGUGGAGUCUUUUGCCUUCUUACUGCCUCAGUUGUGUGUCAGUCUAGGUGUGCCAUUCUCCACAGGCUCACUCUGCAAAUGUGAGAGACUUCGAGACAGGUUUUCUUCAAACUUUUUCAACUGACCUGGGAAACUUCCCUCAGUGCCCUGCACCAGUGCUCCCUGUUAAACCCAGCAUUCUCCAGUGUAGCUAAACCACCCCUCAAGACUCAUUUUUUUAAUAGCUGUCUCAUAAAUGAAUUAAGAUCAUGAAAUCUAUGAACAGGAACACUUCAGUAUGAUAAGGCAUUCUGAUGCUGAACCAUUCUAAAAGAUCUUCUUAGUUUAUUACAAAAAUCCAGGGAAUUACCUGGAUACGAUUUUCCAAUACCUGCUGGUCAGAGGUUUUGUACAUUCAUAAUUAAUCGACGUUGCCACUCAGCACAGUGCAAAAGGAACCAUUAAGCACUCCAAGAGGUAACCGAGUGUAGAGGAGAAGCUCAAGAAGAACCAAAUCAGACAACAUAACAUUACCUGGUAACAUCAAGUCCUAGAUUGGGACAAUCAGAAGACAAAGUAAUUGGGUCUAAAGAAACCAGUCAUGGGAAUGCAUGUUUUUGUUUUGGGAGCCAUUCAUGGAAGAGAUAUUUAAAUAUCAUGUGAUGCCGUUUUAAGCUCCCAUCAGCCAGAAACAAUGAACUGAUGGUUACAAAUAUAGUGAAAAAUAUGUAUAGGAGUACACUGCACUCUGCCCCUGUUAAGAUGCUGGGAAAAGAUGAAUUAUUGUUAUGUGGCAUGUGUAACUAGAUUGUGGAAUUUGUUUGUUGGGUUUAAGGAGAAUGGAAAUGUUUGUUUGGAGUGAGAUCGUAAUUUUAUUUUGCUGAAAUGGUCAAGAUACAGUAAGAAUUAGGCCUGUUCAUAAAACUAAAUCCAAUCUCUGUAGAUGUUACAAACAUUGUAUGACUUAGAAAUUUGGUUUUUGUUUUUGCUCACUUCUUCACAUGCAAAUACUUGGCAAAGGUCAAGGGAAGCAUGUCAUACAGUAGAAGAGUUCAUCACUAGCCACAUUUGACAGAAGCACAAGAAGCAGAUAAAGGCUAGAUAACUAUCUGAACUUUCAGUUAGUAACUGAGCACAAGUCUCUUCCUACAACAGUAGCUUCUGCUCCUCUCUCUUACAGUUGUGAAUUGUUUAGGCUGUUGUGUCCUAACCACAAACUUAGUCCAUUUUAUUGUUGAUGCUUGUAUUCCUACCAUAAAAAGAGUGGAAGGAGAAUCUCUUGUAAUGCAAUGUAAUGGUGAAGUCCAGCCCUGUAUGGAAGUGCCAUUCACAUAAAGUGCUUUGCACAGUGACAGUAGGGGAUAGGUGAUUAGCGUAGGCCCUCUACCAAUAACUGAAUGUUAUUCAGUGCAAUGGAAGCACAAAGCACUGACUGUCCUGUUAAUAUACAAAAAGUACAGCUUCAUGAAAAGUCAGCUAUGAGAAAAAUCAAAGGCUCUUUAUUUUCUUGACAAACAAUUAAUGCUAUAAAUAUUCGGUAUUACAAUGAUGAGAAAUGAAGAGAGAGAAAGAUUUUUAGUAUUCUGAAUUUCUAACUAUCACUCAAUAUAUCACUAUGAUGAAAGCUAAAUAGACAAAUAGAUACUUUUAGUGAGGCCCACUAGGACUGCAUAAUGUGUGGUCUCAAACUGCGUUUCGUCCUUUAUAUUUAAUUUUCAUAGCCAAGCAGUUUAUUGUGUUUAAACAUAAUUGAGAAGUAAGCAGAUGCAAAACUUUGAAUUUUGGUGAAAAAUGUGAUAGCGUCUCAUGAUGGGUGAAGGAGUGCAAAGGACCAAAUAAAAUCAGAGCUACUAAUUAGACCACCCCCACACACACACGCUACUCCGUGCGUUGCUAUGUGUACUAUAUAUGUGGUAGAAUGCACACUAUGAAUGCCACAGCCACAUGGUACGUUGAACUCAUCUGUAUGCUGCCAUCUCUUCGGGAGCUGUGACAGCCCAAGUCUUUGAGCAACUUCCAACAGCCAUCAUUAAAAAAAAACCAACAAAAACAAAAUUUACAAUCCGGAGAAA